AUGUCACGCAUUCUGCGAAACACUUAUAAGCAACAUGCUGAUACCUUGUGCAGACGACCUACUGUGAGUGUUGCAGUAUCUCAUGUACAUCAACCACCCAACUUGCCCAAUAACACGUGGCUUGGGCUGCUUAUAACAGCUCCUCCAAAUGCUGCUACACCCCCUCACACUCAUGCUGGAGCCGCCAUCGUUGCAACAGUGAUACGAGGUCAUGUUCUCAACCAAAUGACACGCACGCAUGAUAGUGGUGCCAAGGUGUACGGGCCAGGUGAGAGCUGGUAUGAGGCUCCAGGCUGCCACCACGUUCGUUCUGAGAAUGUCGGUAACGAUGAGGCUCUCUUCAUCGCGAACCUGGUCGUUAGUACCGACGUUUUCAAAGGGUUAGACGUGAAAGCUCGGAGCGAGGAAGAGGACUUUGCAAAGAUUGGCCGUGUCUUUAUUAUUGACAAGGAUGUCGACGAGUAG